CCCCGCGUCGCUGCAGCGCUCGGCCGCCGCCUUCGCCUCCCAGGUCGUCAAGGAGCGCCUCUCAGAAUUCCGGUUAUCUGAAGACGGUCUUCCCACAACCACCUUCCCGAUGACGAGGCGGAUCGGCCACCCCUACCAGAACCGGACGCCGCCGAAGCGGAAGAAGCCCCGGACGUCCUUCACCAGGCUGCAGAUCGCCGAGCUGGAGAAGCGCUUCCACCGGCAGAAGUACCUGGCCUCGGCGGAGCGCGCCUCGCUCGCCAAGACGCUCAAGAUGACCGACGCGCAGGUCAAGACGUGGUUCCAGAAUCGGAGAACCAAGUGGAGGAGGCAGACCGCGGAGGAGCGCGAGGCGGAGCGGCAGGCCGCCAACCGGCUGAUGAUGUCGCUGCAGGCCGAGGCGCUGAGCAAGGUAAUUGCCUACAAGUACCACUUUGAAUUCACAGGUGCAUCUAGAUUUUUGAGACAUCACGAUUUUCUGAUAGUUUUGCAUGUUAUCAGAAUGUCUAUGUUUUCUGAUGACUCUAUUCUGAUCACUGUCUGA